AUGUCGUACCAGUAUCCGCCGCCGCCCCCCAACGGCGCCGAGAUGGGGAUGUCGGCUUCUGCGUACAUCCCCACCUACGAAUCCCUUCAGAGUUCUUCCGAGCUGGGCAUAGGGCCUGAGCAUGACCCAGCCUUCUCUCCAAGAGACCGCCGCGACUCUUUCUCAGCGGCCAUGCAUCUCAAGAGGUCCAUGUCGACACCCGAUGUUAGGCCACAUCUGCCUCUUCAGCAGGACCACAUGCAUCAACAAGGCCAGCCGGCCGAUCAUGCAUCUUUUCUUGCUGGGGAAAAGAGGAGGAACAAGCUGGGGUACCAUCGCACAUCUGUAGCUUGCGGUAACCGACAGAAGUCCGGGUCGCGCUCCUCUGUUGGGCCAGGAGGGGUGCCAUCUGCUUCCUCCUCGCCAGCCAUGGCCAGCGGGCAUCCUUCGGAGAUGCACGCCGGGCAGCAUUACACGCAUCCGCUGGUGAUACCCUCGAUGCAGACGAUGGCGCCACCAUCGACAAAGUCCGCUGGCGGUGAUGGCUUAGUAGUCGCAAACGCAUCCACAACUCGAGCGUUCGAGUACGGGAACGUGUCCAUGGCAAGCUGGAUGCCCGGGGAUGGCGUACCUAGCAGCUCCAGAUCCUACUCUCGAGAGUCGCCCGUCACUCCAGCUUUUUCGCCCUACACCACCAGUGCCGCGCCAUCCUCGGCAACUUGGACGACGCCCGGCAGCGAUGCCCACUCGCCUCGUGACGACUUGGGCUGGCCAACCUACCAGCCUCCCCCAACACGUUCCAUGUCGUUCGGGUCCGAGAGCCUAGGCAGCCACCACCAUCACCAACACCACCAGUACCCGUCCAUAUCCCAGGUCGCCAGCCCGGGUCGGUCCUACGACAGGAAACUGUCGUCCUUGUCCGCAGACAUGUAUCCCGUGGAAAGUAACCCGGGAACGACGCUGGAGCACAACGUCUCUCUUUCGGCAGGGGCCGUACCGCCAUCGACUUACGGCUCGUGGAAUGCAUCCUACUCUCAGGGAUGGUAUGACGAGAGCGGGGGGGUCGCAGACGAACAAGGCCACCAUUCGGCCCAGAGUCAGUCUCAAGGCGCCGGCAUCUAUUAUGCUAAUAGAUAG